UGCAAUCGAUCCCGCGUGCACAGGGUUCCAGGUACUUGGAAAGGAACCAGGAACCCAGUCCUGUGUCGUGCCGUGACUCUGCCGCAGUGUAGCCGUGGGCACCUGACCUCGUCCCUCCUCCUCCUUCGGGCACGCGUCCUGUCUCUUUCAAGCCGUUCGCGGCCUCGGCUCUUAACCCUCCACAUCCCUCCACCCGUCAGCCCCUCACGCUUAAGGGUUGCUUCCCUGCCCCACGCUGCCAACCAUGCCUGGGGUCGACGCUAGGGACAACCAAGAGUCCGACACCAUGCCCGACUUUGGAGAGCACGUCGACGACGCCAUCUUCUCCCAGAUCCUGGAGAUGGACGAGAAUGAAACGGACCGCGAAUUCAGCGCCCCGUUGGUUUUCGGCUUCUUUGAGCAGGCAAAGGAGACCUUCGAGGACAUGCAGCGCGCCGCGGAGGAACACAACCUUGACAAACUCUCGUCACUGGGUCACUUUCUAAAGGGUUCAUCGGCGACGCUCGGCUUCAACAAGAUCAGAGACAGCUGUCAAGUGAUCCAACAGUACGGGCACAAGCUGAACGUGGAUGGGACUAGCGAGCCGGACGAGGCAGUAUGCCUCAAGAAGAUCGAGGAGGCUCUCAAGACGGUCCGGGUCGACACGGCGGAUUUGGAGAAGAUCAUGAGAAAGUUCUUCCAUCAACCAGAGUGAGGGACCAUGUUUGCGCGCUGUCGCAAUAUCGACCGCUCUGCCAAUCCCUCUCCGCCAUCCGAUCGGCGGUGGCGGCAGCAAGCGGCCGCGGCUGCCUCGGCGGAACGGGCAGGAUGCGGGGGGCAGCAGCACAGCUGUCGCGUAAUGGACAGGAUGGUAAUGAACAAGGCCACCGCGGGCCGAUUCCAACAUCGCAUGAAGACAGCGGCAGACGGGCCUGAAAGGCACCGUUGGUGUCAUAGGUGCAACGGUCGUGGCAUUUUUACAACAAUGUCACCGUCAGAAUCGCGACGUACAAAAAGCAGGCAGCCUGAAUAAUGCAUCAGGUAGCCUUGUCCACAUACGAAGCCUAAGCCCAAGGCUGUGAGAACUUGAGAGACAACUCCAAGGGGGGCCGCAAAAUUCCUAGCUUCGUGCUUGUUGGCCGCAUACCCUCGCUCAUCAUCUGAUUGAUGUCUACGACUCCUAGACCGUCUCGAUUGCCCGAAAUGCCAUUCUUUGUCAGUUCGGAUACUUGGUGUGAAUCGGGGCUAUCUCGCUGCAGUUGACGUCGUUAGGAGGCCAACCAGAGCACAGACCAUGCAUGUUUUCACUCCAAUUCACCGAGAAGCACCUAACUAGGUCC